AUGGCCAGAGCUGAAAUUGGUACUUCCAAGUAUGAAGCAAAGAGGUUGAAAGCAAGUGGACUCCAGAAGCUAAAAUUUUAUUGUCAAAUAUGUUCAAAGCAAUGUCGAGAUGCCAAUGGGUUUAAAAACCAUCUUCAAUCGAAGUCACAUUUAGGUCGAAUAUCUAACUUACAAUCCAGUGGGGAAUCCAAAAGUAUAGUUUCCAACUACUCCAACCAGUUUCAAACUGAUUUUUUGAAUCUAUUACGCGUGAGCCAUGGUACCAAAUCCAUAAAUGCCAAUAGGUUUUAUCAAGAGUAUAUUCGACAACGUGAUCAUGUGCACAUGAAUGUGACUCGUUGGAAAAGUUUAACCUCAUUUGUUAAGCACUUGGGCCAAAAUGGAUUAGUUAAAGUUACAAAGAUCAACGAAGGUGAGGAUGACGAUGGCAUGGAUAGUGAAGGUUUCAACUUAGAGAUCAGGUUGAUUGAUUCGCAAGAGAUUCAAAAGUUGAAAAAUAAAGAUGACGAGGAGCGGAUAAGAGUAGACAAUGAGAUAAAUGAUCAGUUGAUUAAAAAGCAGAUCAAACGUGGGCAGGAAUUGGAGAUGAGGAAACAAAAAUACACUACGCCUGUUGAUGAAUCAACCGCAAAUGCGGACAAUGUGGUGGACAGUGGGGAACUUACAGACAAAAUAUCAACUCCGAUUCGGCUAAGUGUCAAGAAGAAGCCAGUAGGAAAAUUAAAAUCAGCUUUUGAAGAUGAUAGCGAUUAA